AACUCGGAGCCGUUGGGUCGGUUCCUGCUAUUCCGGCGCCUCCACUCCGUCCCCCGCGGGUCUCCUCCGUGUGCCAUGGACGGCAUUGUCCCAGAUAUAGCAGUUGGUACAAAGCGGGGAUCUGACGAGCUUUUCUCUACUUGUGUCACUAACGGACCCUUUAUCAUGAGCAGCAACUCCGCCUCUGCAGCAAACGGAAAUGACAGCAAGAAGUUCAAGGGUGACAGCCGAAGCACCGGUGUCCCCUCCAGGGUGAUCCAUAUUCGGAAGCUUCCGAGUGAUGUCACCGAGGGGGAGGUCAUCUCACUGGGACUACCCUUCGGGAAGGUUACCAACCUUCUGAUGCUGAAAGGGAAGAACCAGGCCUUCAUUGAGAUGAACACAGAGGAGGCUGCCAACACCAUGGUCAACUACUACACCUCCGUGACACCCGUGCUGCGUGGGCAGCCCAUCUACAUACAGUUCUCCAACCACAAGGAGCUCAAGACCGACAGCUCCCCCAACCAGGCACGGGCCCAGGCAGCCCUACAGGCAGUGAACUCUGUGCAGUCGGGGAACUUGGCCUUGGCUGCCUCAGCUGCUGCCGUGGAUGCGGGGAUGGCGAUGGCUGGCCAGAGCCCUGUGCUCAGGAUUAUUGUGGAGAACCUCUUCUACCCGGUGACACUUGAUGUGCUGCACCAGAUUUUCUCCAAGUUUGGCACAGUUUUGAAGAUCAUCACAUUCACCAAGAACAACCAGUUCCAGGCACUGCUGCAGUAUGCUGACCCCGUGAGCGCCCAGCAUGCCAAGCUGUCCCUGGAUGGGCAAAACAUCUACAACGCCUGCUGUACGCUGCGCAUCGACUUCUCCAAGCUCACCAGCCUCAACGUCAAGUACAACAAUGACAAGAGCCGUGACUACACACGCCCAGACCUGCCCUCCGGGGACAGCCAGCCCUCACUGGACCAGACCAUGGCGGCUGCCUUCGGUGCUCCGGGUAUAAUCUCAGCCUCUCCGUACGCAGGAGCUGGGUUCCCUCCCACCUUUGCAAUUCCUCAAGCCGCAGGCCUUUCUGUUCCUAAUGUUCAUGGUGCCCUGGCCCCCCUGGCCAUUCCAUCGGCAGCGGCAGCGGCGGCCGCAGCAGGCCGGAUCGCCAUCCCAGGCCUGGGAGGGGCAGGAAAUUCCGUCUUGCUGGUCAGCAACCUGAACCCAGAGAGAGUCACACCCCAAAGCCUCUUUAUUCUUUUCGGCGUCUAUGGCGACGUGCAGCGGGUGAAGAUCUUGUUCAACAAGAAGGAGAAUGCCCUGGUGCAGAUGGCAGAUGGGAGCCAGGCCCAGCUGGCCAUGAGCCACCUGAACGGGCACAAACUGCAUGGGAAGCCUAUCCGCAUCACGCUGUCAAAGCACCAGAACGUGCAGCUGCCUCGUGAGGGUCAGGAGGACCAGGGCCUCACCAAGGACUACGGCAACUCGCCCUUGCACCGCUUCAAGAAGCCGGGUUCCAAGAACUUCCAGAACAUCUUCCCACCUUCGGCCACCCUGCACCUCUCCAACAUCCCGCCCUCCAUAUCCGAGGAAGAUCUCAAGAUUCUGUUCUCCAGUAAUGGGGGGGUCGUUAAAGGCUUCAAAUUCUUCCAGAAGGACCGCAAGAUGGCGCUUAUCCAGAUGGGCUCAGUGGAGGAGGCGGUCCAGGCGCUUAUUGACCUGCACAACCACGACCUGGGCGAGAACCACCACCUGCGGGUCUCCUUCUCCAAGUCCACCAUCUAGGAGGCGUGGACCUCCGCGGCGGGGCUCCCCGGCCACAACUUCCAUCAUUCCAGAAAAAAGCCACUUUAAAACGCAGCUGAAGUGACCUUAACAGACCAGAGAUUUUAUUUUUUUAAAGAGAAAUCAGUUUACCUGUUUUUAAAAAAAUUAAGUCUAGUUCACCUUGCUGACCUUGCAGGGAUGGGUGACAGCUCAGGCUCUUGGUGACUGGCGGCAGGAGUCCACCGCCUGACACUGGGCCAGACCCGCGGCCGUGCCUUGUGGGGUGCCCCAGAUUGCGGCGCGGCUUUCUUGUGCCUUAAAAAUCUGCCUGCCUUGCGGCCAUACAUCCUGUGGGCCUUCCGGGGAAGCAAGGGGACGGGCCAAGCUUGGGUCAUGGUGGAGCGGCCCGUGGGCUCCUGCACGAUCAUGUGCUUGCUGGCGGGAAUCUGCCCAGCUCCCCAUCCUUUUAAUCAAGUGACAUGAUUUCCCCGUCCCACCUCUAAGUGACCAGGUGCCCCCACGCAGCCCAGGCCCGAGGGUGCGUUCCCCAGCUGCUUCAGCUUUGGAGCUCUUUGCUGCAGCCUGUGUUUCCUCUGACAGCUGCAGACGGCUGUGCGUAGCAGUUUCCAGACGACCAAAUAUUCUAACCUUUUUUUCAUUUAUAUGCAACAGAAAUAGUUUUAAGUAACUUUUUAUAGCAAGAUGAUACAAUGGUAUGAGUGUAAUCUAAAUUUCUCCUUGUGAUAUUUCUUGUAUACUGUACUUUUAUUUUAUUCCUUGUAAUUAAGUCAGGCAGGAUCCAGUUUCCAGAGAGCAGGCGGGGCCGGCUCACGGGUCCCUUCUCAGAACCCCCGCUUUGGGGCACCUCUGCCUUCCUCGUGCCCAGCCACUUGCCUUACUCCACACCCCACUCGCAGUCUGCCUAGAAAACAAGCGUGCUAGAUGUGUUCGGGGUUCUUUUUUUCCUGCAAAUUUUGGACCAAAGUUUUGUUCCGUUUUUUUGUCUGCCUCUGAUGCUGGGACCCCCGGUGGUGGGACUGACGUCAGGUCUUAACUGUCCUCCUCUCGCACGCCCUCCCUCCAGUGGGGGGGCUCCUUGGAUCCCAAGUUUCCAUACAGGAGUGUAACGAGGGUGUAAAUAUUUAUAAUUUUUUAUACCUGUUGAGAGACACGAGGGGCAGCAAAGCACGUUUUUUAUGGUGAUGCAGAUGUAUAUUUUGAUACCAGCAAUUACAGGCUCAGUAUUGUAACCACGGAGCGAGCAGGGGCCACCGCGCAGUCCACUGCUCAGCCCAGAUGGCUUGUAAUGCAGAAAGAACUCGAUUAAAACCAUUUUAUAACAAACUUCCACCUCCUCUGUAGACCUCUUCUUUGCUGUCCAUUGUGGAAGGCGGUUUGGCCGGUCUGUACCUGGACUUUGAAUAAACUCAUCUGUAUCCUGUG